AUGAGCUUUUCCAUCUCCUCCCACCUAUCGCCGACGCCUAGCGACCGCGACGCCGUCGUCGACGCCAUUGCGCGGUGCGUCUGCGGCCUCGACACGGCCGACCGCGCGCUCUUCCAGUCGGCCUUUACCGCCGACGCCGUCUUCGACCUCAACGGCGCGCUGCUGCGGGGCAUGGACGAGAUCAUGACGCAGUGCUUUGACAUUGUCUCCAAGCUGGACACGACGCACAUGACGAGCAACGUGCGGACGACGUUUGCGGCCGACGGGCGGUCGGCGACGACGACGGCGACGGGCGUGGCGUAUCAUUACCGCGCGGGCGCGGGGCUGGCCAUGGAGAACGGCGGGCACACGGAGCGGCUGGUGGUGGGGAGCCUGUACUCGAUUGACCUCGUCAAGGCCGAGGACGAGGGAGAGGCGGCGCUGUGGAAGGCCAAGACGUGGAGGCUCAAGAGCGUCUGGACGCAGGGUGACUGGGCCGUCAUGGGCGCGUUGCCGGGGGAUAGAGGGACGGAGGCUGCAAAGUGA